CAAUGCGAUCAGGUAUCAUCACGACUUCAACAUCACGUUCUUUCCAUUCCUGCAAGUUAGCUUGAUCUCAUUCCUUUCGUGAGAACUGCUGGUUCAGUCAUUCCUUUUGCAUCUGCGACUUUGAUUUCCUGGAUAUCCCGGUUUGAGGCUCGUCGCAAUGACCCUCCUUCGUCAUCUUCUGACGGCAACUGCCUUACUCGGCGCUUCUGCUCAGGCGGCGCAGGGCGUCACCGGAACACCUUUCGGUUUUGCUAGUGGCACUACGGGUGGUGGUGAUGCUACCCCCGCUGCGCCCAGCGACAUCAGCGAGCUGACGUCCUGGCUGUCCGAUAGCACCCCUCGCGUCAUCCUUAUCAACAAGGAGUUCAACUUCCUUAACAGUGAGGGCAAGUGCACCGACUGCGAAUGCUGCAUCCCGUCCUCCAAUACCUGUGGCAGCUCUGGCCAGAACGCUGUCAAGCAGAAUGGCUCCGACUGGUGCGGUAGCUAUCCCGCCACAACAUGCACGUAUGACAACGCUGCUAUCGAGGGCCUGGAGGUUGCCUCCAACAAGUCCAUCGUCGGUGUGGGUAGCUCUGGCGUCCUUCGUGGCAAGGGCCUGCGUUUGGUCAACGGCGUCAGCAACAUCAUCAUUCAGAACAUCCACAUCACCGAGCUUAACCCCCAGUACAUCUGGGGCGGUGACGCGAUCACCCUAGACGGCACCAACAACGUUUGGAUUGACCACGUGAAGAUUAACCUCAUUGGUCGCCAGAUGUUUGUUGCCGGAUACGAGGCCAGCCACCAUGUGACCAUCUCCAACAGCGAGUUUGAUGGUCAGACCAGCUGGUCCGCAACCUGCAAUGGCCACCACUACUGGACUGUUCUCGGAUACGGCCACAACGACCAAGUCACCUUUGCCAACAACUACCUUCACCACACGUCUGGUCGUUCCCCCAAGCUCGAGUUCAACAGCUUUUGGCACGCGUACAACAACUACUGGUACAACAACACCGGACACGCUUUUGAUGUUGGCGAGAACACCCGUGCUCUGAUUGAGGGUAAUGUGAUGGUCGAUGUCAACAUUCCUCUCCUGGCCGACAGCAACCCCGGAGCUGUUUUCGCCGUGAACUCCAGCGAUGUUUCCAGCUGUACCAAGACCCUGGGCCGCACCUGUGUCCCUAACACCCUGGUCAGCUCCGGUACACUUACCGGCACCAACAGUUCCGUUCUCAGCAGCUGGCCCUCGGGCGAGUCCGAUAUCACCGUGAUGGCUGCUAGCAAGGUUGCUUCUUACGUCCUUGCCAACGCCGGUAUUGGCAAGCUCGGCAACGGGUCUGGUUCCUCCAGCACCGUCGCUGCGGUUGCCACCUCGGCUGUCGCCAAGCGUGCCGGUCCUGACGACGACGUUCCUUUCGGCGGUGCUCCUUUUGUGCCGGCCCUCUCGCAGGCUGGCCCCGGUGCCUCUGCUAUCCCCAGCCAGCCCUCCUGGUCCUGGAGGAAGGUCAGCACCAACGUUCCUGCUGCCACUGGACCUCCUUCGGAGGGCUCUUCCCAGGGACUUGGCGCCCCCGCUCCUCAGGCAACUGGUGGUAAGCACCACCACCACAAGGGUCAUCAUGGCCAUGGUUCCCAGGGUAAAUUCGGUGGUGGCCUCGGCUUGUAAGCUGCCAGUGAAAUGAGUUGGAGCCGCACCCCGCGUGUUCACGCUUGUAGCCUAAUGUCAGUUAGGCGGGCUUUUGCGAGAGCACCUAAACCUUCAUCUUCUUUGUACAUCACCGAUCGUUUGCCAGAUAUUGUUAUAUAGAAGCUUAUUAGUCAGUAUAUUCCCAUCCACUAUGGGCUCACCUCGUUCCGGUCACAAAUUUGUAUAUCGGCUUUUCUGACUGAGAUAGAUGCAGGCAUGUCGAUGGGUAACCCAAUAUGUCUGAUCCUCCACAUAAACUCCGUG